AUGAAAAUCCCGUACUCUACACUAACAUCAGCAUCAAUGCUAGCAAGCAGGGCAGCAGACUUACAGUGUCUAGGUAGCUCUACUGGUAUGCCACUAUCUCCGGGAACUUAUAGUGAGCCAUUGAGACCUCAAGUCCACUACACUCCAUCUGAGAACUUCUCUAACGACCCCAAUGGCUUAAUCUACGCUAACAAUCUUUACCACAUCUACCACCAGUGGAAUGCCAAGGCUAAUUUGCCAGGGUAUCAGAACUGGGGCCACGCUACGAGUGAGGACUUGGUACAUUGGACCCUGCAUCCAGCUGCUAUCACGCCUGAUAGCGAAGAUGGACCAUUUAUUUUCUCAGGAAGCGCUAUCAUAGACUUUGAUAAUGAUUCCGGUAUUUUUAAUGAUACCACUGCAUCAGAUAACAGAUUGCUUGCCUUCUAUACCAGCGCUAGUGAUGAUAAGCAAACGCAAAAUAUUGCGUACUCAACGGAUGGAGGUUAUUCAUAUACAAAACGACCAGAGCCAGUCAUCGACAUUGACAACAGCCAGUUCAGAGAUCCCAAAGUUUUCUGGUACGAGCCAGACUCGAAAUGGGUGAUGAUCGUGUCAUUAGCUUCGCAGCACGAAAUGAUCAUUUACGACUCAAACAACUUAUUGGACUGGACUGAGACAUCUCGUUUCGGCAAUGUCGGUCAACUGGGCUAUCAAUAUGAAUGUCCUGAUCUAUUUCCGCUUAAAAUCGAAGGCAGUGACGAAGAAAAAUGGGUAUUGAUCACAUCUGUUAACCCAGGCGCAAUCAAUGGCGGUGGUUCGGCCACCAGCUACUUUAUCGGUGAUUUCGACGGUAAAAAGUUCACACCAGUGGAUCUAGCAGUGCACGAAAUGGACUUUGGGUACGAUAAUUACGCGGGAGUCACUUUCAACAAUAUCCCUGAUGGACGUAGAUUGUGGUUGGGCUGGUCUAGCAACUGGCUUUACGCUGCAGAAGUCCCCACUGCGCCGUGGAGAUCAUCGCUGUCACUCGUACACGAGUUGUCUCUCGCUAGAGUCAACCUCACCGAUCAGGAGGAGUCGCUUAUGCUGAGACAUAAGCCGGUUGACUUAUCAACCCUCAUCACCGACACUGUCAAGGAGACUAGCACAUCAACGAACUCAGAUUCUGUAGAAUUUCCAACUGAUGGCGCGGUAGACUUUACUGCUCAUUUGUCUUUUAACUCUUUAAAUUCUAACUCUUCAUCAAAAUCUGCAUCGAGGAUCACUAUAGAAUCUGAAGAUGCUCAGAACUCAAUUGAAAUUGGUUUGCAGUUCUCUGAUCACAUCGCAUACAUCAAUAGAGCUAACUCUGGAUGGUCUAAUGCUAUAUUCGAAAGUGUUUCAGCGACUUCUAUCCAUAUUCCAGACGAUCAAAAAGUCAGUUUGAGAGCCAUUGUUGACCACUCACAGUUGGAGCUAUUUAUACAAGAUGGUAUACAUCUAGGAUCGAUGGUUUUCUUUUUUGAGGAUGGUCGUGUUCCUGCGCGCCUUCACUACUCAAACGAUAAAGGUGUCCAAACAGAUUACUUCCGUCUCGAUGCUUUGAAGAGCAUUUGGCAAUGCUAA